GUUGGUGUUUUGGGAGGGUUGAACGCUGAAAACAUUCACGGAGGAGCUCGAUGAUGUCAUCUGAAAACUCACUCCCCCAAGUCAAAGGCGCCGAUUUGUUCUCUUCUUUUUUAUUUUCACCCUAGAGUUUCUCCAAUGCGUCGCGGACCACAGCACAAAAGGUAGUCAAAUAACGAGGUAGUCAAGUAACUCAAGUAAACUGUAGAUAAGCUUUGCUGUCUAAACGACGCGGGACUGAGGGGGUUUGGCGACUGGACAUAGAACCAAACAGCCCCUUUUCUGUGGGCGAGCGGGUCAACUUUUAUUCGAACCCCAAAAAUGAAUCGGAGUUUCAAUAAAUCCCAAUCUUCCCUGCAAUACUUGGACUGCAUCGCGGUUGAAGUGAAAAGCAAGUAUGGAGCAGAGUUCCGGCGGUUCUCCGUGGACCGUUUCAAACCGGGGAAGUUCGAGGACUUCUAUAAGCUCAUCAUGCACGUUCACCGCAUCUCCAACAUGGAGGUCAUGAUUGGCUACGCUGACAUCCACGGAGACCUGCUGCCAAUCAACAACGACGACAACUUCUGCAAGGCGGUGUCUACGGCCCACCCACUGCUCCGGGUCUUCAUACAGAGACAAGAGGAGGUCGACUACAGCAGCUACGGGACCCACUCUUUGACCCGGAAGAAGAAGGCUGUGGUGGCGCUGAGGAACGACGUCAACAGGAAGCGACCUCACAUCCGCAUCGGAAUGCCGCAGGACUUCCGGCCAGUCUCCUCCAUCAUCGAUGUGGACAUCUUGCCAGAGUCCCACCGCCGCGUUCGUCUCUACCGUCACGGCUCCGACAAACCCCUGGGGUUCUACAUCCGGGACGGGACCAGCGUACGGGUGACGCCCCAUGGCCUGGAGAAGGUUCCUGGGAUCUUCAUCUCCCGCAUGGUGCCUGGCGGCCUGGCUGAGAGCACAGGCCUGCUAGCUGUUAACGACGAGGUCCUGGAGGUCAACGGCAUCGAGGUUACUGGCAAGACACUGGACCAGGUGACUGACAUGAUGAUUGCCAACAGUCACAACCUGAUUGUCACAGUGAAGCCGGUGAACCAGCGGAACAACGUGGUGCGAGCCAGCCGGAUCUCCGGCAGCUCCGGUCAGUCAUCAGACAGCAGCGGUUCCACUGGCUACCCCAGCCUGUCCACCACAGCCAUGGUGACCGGUGCCCAUGGCUACGCCGACGAGCUGGAGAGCGACGAGGAGUCAGACAUCGUCAUCGAGAGCAGCCUGAAGCGGCCGUCGCGGCGCUCCAACACAUCAGUGGUGUCUGUGGCAUCAACAUCACGCUCCCACACCCAAGCCCCUCCCCCGGCACCCGUGGAACACCCCAGCCCCCCUACCCGACCUCUCUCUGUGGUUUCCACCGCCUCCUUCCACUCCCAGCCCAGCCUCAAUGGCCUCUCCCACAUGCUGCACAGGGACCUGAACCUCCAGCACCCCCAGUACCAGCCCCACACCCUCCAGCACAACCAUUCCCAGCACCACAGCAGCAACCCAGCCCUCCGGGAGAGCAACGGCAGCCUGCACAAAAUCCUCAGCACCAUGAGGACGGACCCUCGACACAGCCUGGCCCUGCCCCGGGGAGGGGUGGAAGAGGACGGCACCGUCAUCACCCUAUAAUACACACACCUUCACUUUUAUAACGCAGACACACACACUUGGAUGUGAGCUGGAGCAUCCCCUGUCCAGUAUAUCCACCAUGGGAAUGAACGUUGUUCCUCAAACCUUCUACUAAUUUUGUUACAGUUUUUCUAAGACAAAUUAUCCAGGAAUCAAGAAGAGUUUAUUCUGUAUUGUUUGUUUGAAAGUUUUCUAUGUCUUGUAAAUGUCUUGAUGGGAUUCACCUGCUAUUCUUUAGUGACCACUUUUAAUCUGAACCGCCAUCAUUUUGGGACCAACCCUGAGCUUUUGUUUUUAAGAACAAUUAUAUGUCUGUAAAAUGCUGCCUGUCUGUACUGAUUCUCUCUCUGUAUUUUAACUGGAGAUUCUCAUCAAUCAUCUGUAUCUAUUCCAAUAAAUUAUUCUAAGCUUUAA